UCAAAAAAUUUCUCACAGGAGGGAAAAAUGAAGUUUAGAACUCUUUUAAUCAUCUUCUCUUUUGGUUUUUUGCUAGAAAUUGUCUCUGCAAACGAGCCGCAAUGUGGAAGGGAUGCAGAAGGUGCCUUAUGCCAUGGCAACUUGUGUUGUAGCCAUUGGGGUUUUUGUGGUACCACUGCCAUCUUUUGUGACGUUGAUCAAGGUUGCCAAAGCCAAUGUUGGAGUUCACCACCUCCACCAAGCCCGCCUCCACCUCCUCCAAGCCCGCCUCCGCCAAGUCCACCACCGCCUAGCCCACCACCGCCUAGCCCGCCUCCUCCUAGCCCGCCUCCACCAAGUCCACCUCCACCGAGUCCGCCUCCACCGAGUCCGCCUCCCCCAAGUGGCCCAGAAAGACCCGAUCACCGAUGCGGAAGAGCCCUCGGAAACCCUCCAUGUGAUCCAGGAAGGUGUUGUAGUAUCCAUAAUUGGUGUGGCAGUACAGCCGCUCAUUGUAGAGGGUCAAGCUGCCAAUACCAAUGUUGGAAUUCUCUCCUUUCUGCUCUAAUUCCAAAUGGCAAUAAUGCUAUUAGCAAGAUCAUUAGUAAAUCCGUUUUCGAUGAAAUGUUUAAGCACAGGAAAGAUUGUCCAAGUCAAGGAUUUUACAGUUAUGAUGCUUUCAUCAUUGCUACUACAUCUUUCCCUCAUUUUGGUACUACUGGUGAUAUUACAACCCGUAAGAGGGAGCUUGCUGCUUUCUUUGCUCAAACCUCUCUAGCAACCAUAGGUCAACGGUUUGAUUCACAAGAUCCAUAUGCAUGGGGAUAUUGUCAUAUCAAUGAGACCACCGAUGAGAAUGACAAUAAAUAUUGUACAUCUGCUCAUUGGCCAUGUCCUUCUGGCAAACAAUAUAAUAGUCGAGGAGCCGUGCAACUCACUCACAAUUACAAUUACGGACUUGCCGGUGAAGCUUUUGGAUUAGAUUUGAUAAACAAUCCCGACUUAGUAGCUACAGACCCAGUGGUAUCAUUUAAGACCGCCUUAUGGUUUUGGAUGACUCAACACGAUAAUAAACCUUCCUGCCAUGAUAUUCUCAUCAAUGCUAAUUCUAAAGUUGGUCAAGUACUCCCAAGCUAUGGUCAUGUGAUUGGUAACAUAAUCAAAUAUUCUGGAUAUCAAAAUGGCCGUAUUACCACUAUGAGAGGUAUUGGGUACUAUAAGAGGUAUUGUGAUAUGUUGGGUGUGAGCUAUGGAGAUAAUUUAGAUUCUUGGUAUGAUCAAACGCAUUUCUCGGAAGUUGCUCGCAUCUAAAGUACGAUGACAUAAAUGGUGGCCCUAGACAAAAUAAACUGGGAGUAUUCUAGAUAUGUAAUGAGUCUCCUGAGUAUUGUACAAAGUGGCUCGAUUACUCAGUGAUUGAGCUUUUAUGUUAUAUGAUGAAAUAAAUGAGCUGCCUAUAUGAUAAUAAUAGCUACGCAAUUUUCUUCUCCUUUCA